AAUACAACAAAGGGAAAGGGCGGGUCAAGGCGGCUCGAGAUGUCGUCAUCGUAACAACAAAGCUGCAAGCCUGCAACAAUCGACCGCUUUUUACCGUUCAAGUCUGAGAAGCCGUCUACGACAAAUCAACGCGCUUGUAGUUAAAACACGAUGCCCUGACAGCGUGUCCCACUCAUUUUCUGAUGAUAUCUUACAAAAUGCCCAAUGAGUUUCCACCUGUGCUAGAAGAUGGCGAACACCUUCGACAGAACAGUAUGGCUUGCAAGAAUAGCACCCUGCGCUUCACGUUUUCAGCCCCCAGCCACAGUGGUACACUCCUCCAGGGCUUGUCAAUAUUAAGGGCUCAAGGCCAACUUCUUGACGUGGUGCUGGCCAUCAAUGAGGAGCGCUUCCAGGUCCACAAAGCUGUGCUGGCUGCUUGUAGUGAUUAUUUCAGAGCUAUGUUCACUGGAGGUAUGAAGGAGUCGAAUCAAAGCACUAUUGAGCUGAGAGGUUUGUCUGCCCGGGGCCUGAAGCAUAUUAUAGACUUUGCUUACAGUUCGGAGGUCACAUUAGAUCUGGACUGUAUCCAGGAUGUCCUUGGAGCAGCUGUCUUCCUCCAGAUGGUCCCUGUUGUGGAACUAUGUGAAGAGUUUCUCCAGUCAGCCAUGAGUGUUAAGACAUGCCUACACAUCGACCAGAUGGCAACCACCUUCAGCUUGUCCUCCCUCAAGGCGUCAGUGAAUGCCUUCACCUUUCGCCAUUUCCUACAAAUAGCCGAGGAGGACGACUUCCUGCACAUUCCAAUGGAGCGCCUUGUCUUCUUUCUGCAAAGUAACAAACUAAAGAACUGUAGCGAGUUUGAUCUUUUCCAUGCGGCAAUUCGAUGGCUGCGGCAUGAUGAGUCUCGCCGUGCUCAAGCCAGUAGUGUCCUCUGCCAUGUUCGCUUCCCCCUAAUGCGUUCAUCCGAGCUGGUAGAUAGUAUUCAGAGGGUAGACAUCAUGGUAGAGGAUGUGCAGUGCCGCCAGUACCUCCUGGAGGCCUUCAAUUAUCAAAUUCUUCCAUUCCGACAGCAUGAGAUGCAGUCACCACGCACACUAAUUCGUUCUGACGUUGUGUCUUUCAUCACCUUUGGCGGGACCCCGUACACUGACAACGACCACAGUGUUAGCAGCAAGGUGUACUAUCUCCCUGAUAAUGCUUCCCGUCAGUUUAAGGAAUUGACUGAGAUGGACACAGGAUGCAGCCACGCCUGUGUCGCUGUCGUUGAUAACUUUGUGUAUGUUGUAGGCGGGCAGCAUUUACAGUACCGAAGUGGCGAAGGUGCUGUUGAUAGCUGUAUGCGCUUCGACCCGCACUUGAAUCAGUGGCUACGUAUCCAACCAAUGCAAGAGGCCCGCAUCCAGUUUCACCUCGAGGUCUUGAACGGAAAACUUUAUGCCACUGGAGGGCGCAAUCGAUCGGGCAGUCUGUCGUCUGUGGAGUGCUACUGCCCCAAGAAAAAUGAGUGGACUUACGUGGAGCCAUUAAAACGUAGGAUUUGGGGUCAUGCAGGGGCUUCCUGCGGAGAAAAGCUAUACAUCUCCGGUGGUUAUGGUGUAUCUUUGGAUGACAAGAAAACACUCCACUGUUAUGACCCAAUGACUGACCAGUGGGACUUCAGAGCGCCUAUGAAUGAACCUAGAGUGCUGCAUGCCAUGAUUUGUGGAAAUGAUCGGGUCUAUGCUUUGGGUGGACGCAUGGACCAUGUGGACCGCUGUUUUGAUGUGUUGGCUGUUGAGUAUUACGAUCCGCAGAGUGACCAGUGGACUACACUCAGCCCCAUGAGAGCAGGACAGUCUGAGGCUGGCUGCUGCUUACUGGACAGAAAGAUCUACAUUGUCGGUGGCUAUAAUUGGCACCUGAACAACGUCACAAGCAUCGUCCAGGUGUAUAACACAGAGACUGAUGAGUGGGAGAGGGAUUUACACUUCCCUGAAUCCUUUGCUGGUAUUGCUUGUACACCCAUUAUACUUCCGCAGACACACAUUGAAUAUCUGACUUCUUGGCUGUGAAAAUAUGUUAUUCAGGCUCAUAUGAUUCAAAACAAGGACCUUCAAUGGUAAUCACGGAUUUAAGUUUGUUUUAUUACUGGAUGGGGCUUCAUAGCGCAAUACAUUUUGAUGUGGAGUUUUACUUCAAAUCACUUAAAUGCAUUAUCAUUAUUAUAAUUGCCUGUCUUUUUUUUCCUUCAUAUUUUUGAGGAAAUAAAAUAAUGACAGUCUUUGUUUUUUUAAUAUUUACAAAAAAAUAUGUUAAAAAAAACUUUGGCAAUAAUUUUAAGAAGUUGACAACAUUUUGAUCAUACAUAUGAUUUGGGGCAAUUUGAUUCAUCAAAGUUAAAUCAUUUACCAAAAGCCACAUUAUUGACAAAUUCAUCAUCAGCAUGCAUCAUGCAAAUAUGACUCAAAAAUAUAUUUUAAAUUAUCAUUUGGGGCUUUAAAUAUGCUCUUUUAGUUUUUCAAAUUUUUUAUAUUUUUUCAAGUCAGAAAUCAAACUUGCUAAAAUCUAUUCUUUGCAUGCAUUGCCUUGAAAUGAUCAACUGUACAUCAGUAAAGUACUGUAUUUCUCUUGAGAACCACUAAGUCCUUAACUUUUUCCAUUCCUUUGUGCUCAUGUUUUCUGAAAUAUCAUAUUCAAGUAGUUAUUUUUUUCCCCCGUACGGUUAGGUGUUAUGUGUGGACCUGACACAUUCGUCUCCAUGUGAAUGUCGGCGCUCAAGUGCUUAUUGGCUUUUGUACAAAACGUACCUAUCUCCUCUGCAGCAACAUUUAAUCUGUUGUACUACUUUUAUUGUUUUAAACUUUUGAGUCUUUGUUCGCAGCAUAAUUUAAAUGACCUGUCUUUUGGUUUUUGACAGCAAAACAGAAGUCAACAUACUUCAAUAUUUUUAGGAAAUCAUUUGAAAAUGAAAAAAAGGACAUCAUGACCAAACAGAAGUGUCUGUAAUGCCCUCUUGAAAAGCACAUAUUUUAAAGUGUGUUAUAAAUGAAGUGGCACUCAAAUGGGAAUGUAGUCAAUUAUUAAAGCUGUACCAAAUUUUAAAAAGAGCUCUUGUUUUUUUGUGUUAAAUCUAUGCUUCUGUGCUAUUAUUUGCCUUCUAUGCAUACUGUAC